GAUAACAUAAACAUUACAGAAACAAUUACACAAUUACACAAUUUCAACAUCAAUCAAGAACAAGAACAAGAAUACAGAACAGAAAAUAAAAAAAGAGGAAAAUCCACAGCAGAAGAAAGAAACAAAAUGAACUCCAACCUCCGCGCCUUCAACCUCGCCGUCCAAACCCUCCUCACCAACCCAUCCCAAUUCCUCCCUCACCUAACAAUCCCAACCUUCACUUCUCUCCCAGAGCAACUGGGUCCAGCCAUCGCGUCCGCCUCCACCACCUCUUCGACACCCACCAACUCCCCCGACAACCCCGAGAAACAACCAAAGAUCCAAAUCAAAGCCCUCAUCCUCGACAAAGACAACACCCUCAGCCCCCCCAAAACCACCACCCUCCCCCCCUCAAUCCUCGCCAAACUAACCUCCCUCCGCACCUCCCCCACCUCCCCCUUCACAGCGCCCUCCUCAAUCCUCAUCGUCUCCAACCGCGCCGGCUCGCACCCCUCCUACGAGCACGAGAUCCACUCCCUCGAGUCCCAGCUCGCGCACCUCUCCAUCCCCGUCUUCCGUCUGCCCGCCGGAGCAAGCAAGAAGCCGUUCUGCGAGAAAGAGGUGCUGGCGUGGUUUAAAGAGCGCGGGGUUGUGGAGCAUGCGGGUGAGAUUGCUGUCGUUGGGGAUCGGUUGGGGACGGAUGUGUUGAUGGCUGUGCGGAUGGGGGCUUGGAGUGUUUGGGUUAGGGAUGGGGUGUUGGAUGAGAGGGGGGUGUUAGGGGCAAGGGCGUGUUGGAGAAGAUGGAGGGUUAUAUGGAGAGAAUCUACUUCUACUAUGAAUAAUAUGAUAGAGACCAACCAUACAAAGGAAAUCAAGCCCAACCUCGCCGACCCAGAAGAACAAAGGGGAAUCCAACUCAAUCUCGCCAUCCUGACUUUGGCAUAA